UUGCAUUUCCUCCUUAUGCUGGUAUUAGGUCUUGACAACUUGUCAUCAUGGAGUUCAGGUUUCACUUGUAAUUUCGACCUGCUAAGCUUGAUCUUGACUUGCCUGAGACGCGAUUAGCACCUGAAAAUCGCAAUUUCAAUUGCAUCUCAUAGAUAUUACCCAGAGAACAAAUUGGACAACAGCAAGUAGGUUCCCUUAGUUUAGUUACCCCCCAAAGAGUAUAUUAGCCCUAUGUAUCUAUGUGCGGUAGGCUGCUGGCUGAUUUUUGCGUUAGAAUGGUGUCGAACGAAAAAGGAGCCUUCGCAGUACCGGGCAAUGCCAAGGCGGAACUGGCGGUUGGCGCUCACAGUGAAGAAGCCUCCCGACACUGUGGGUCAAGUGGGAAUAGCUUCAUCCAGGGGGUUUGGCAGACCGUUGUUGUACGAGAGCUGGCCGAAGAUCACCGAGGCCCAUCUCGGGCCCAGCCCGUUACAGUCUCUUUUGUCGAUAGUACCCGGUUCUCCUCUUCUGAGCUACGGCCAAUUGUUUGUAGGUUCAGGAGCCUCUUCCAAUGAGCGCUUAAGGAAGGAUGGAAGGGAGGACGGGAGAAAAUCGGUCGCGCCCCUGCCUUUCCGCCGGUCGCUCCUCAUUUCGCCUCAUUUCACUUCCUUUCAAAGGGAAGGGGGGGGCGGGAGGAGGGGAUGAGCGGAUGGAACUUUUUCUCGCCCGCAGGCACCGGAUGUUGAACUGAACUGGCUCCUUGGCCCCCGGAUUCAGGUGCUGGGCACUGUUGCCCAAUGCAGUAAGCGUGGAAGACUCGU